AAUAAACGCCAGUUCUCAUAGCCCAUGUAACAUCGACCAGGUUUCGAUGAGCACGCGGACAUUCACGUGCGAGUUAGAUGCAAGUCCUAACUGCCCAUCAAACGUGAAGUGCCUCCGCGUCGACCUGUGCACGGACGGCGACGCACACGAGUGGCUCGCCAGCUACAGUAGGACAACAAACACGACAUGGAUCGUCGACAGGGAAACCCGAAAUCCAAAGAGGAUGGUGUUUCACAAGAAAUGGAAAUGCCAGCACAGUAGCCACAACAAGACCGCUGGCCUGAACGCUACAAACUGUCCGGCAUUUGUGGACAUCAAGAUCAAGGCCGUGACGAAGAGCACGAAAAGGAACGAUUCCUUUUUGAAGAGGGAGCAUCCUCUGUGCGCCAUCGUCCAGCUAAUGGAGGACCACAAUCACCAGCUGAACUGCGCUGAUGGACUGCGCCGUUUACGGAGCUCCUCUGACACCCGGUCCACUUUUCACAGUUAUUUUAAAGAUGGCCUUGCACCUGCUGAGGCCCUUCACCUUCACCAGCAGAAACUUGCUGUUGAAGAUGAUGGUGUCGAACAACUGGCGAAUGGUGCACUCAAUCCUUCUGCAAACACUGUGUACCACUGGUUUAGGGUGUGGCGCAAGGAUCACUAUGGUGAUGCAGUGGACCCACUAAGCAAGCUGGAGGAAAAGGCACCGUUGUACCAUCAAAAUGGUGCGUUGCAGCUCCUUGUAGAAUCUACUUCCUUUUAAAGCUUCUAGAGAUGCUGAUAUUGCUGUUCCAAAAGUAAUUGCCUCACUUUACUGUUGUCUGUUCCAGUCAUUGUGUGCAUGUUACACAUAACCGAGAUGCAAAGUCGAAUCAAC